CUUGCUACGGGGCUGCGGCGCCCGCAGAACUCUGGAAGCGGCCCGUGGUGGUGGUUGUGGCCGAGGCCCGCCAGCGAGGCCCCAGUAGCCCUCCGCGACGGCCUCCGCUCCCGAGUUCCUCGGUGGCCCUGGCCAUCGGGGCGAGGGCGGACCGUCCGCUCCACCCCGAUCCGGGCGUCCCGGGCGCGGACGCUGUGUGUGGAGGGGACACUGAGGGAGGACUCUUACCUGUGUCCUGGAGAGUCCCGGGUGAUGGUGGUGGGCCUGCCCUCCGGGAGCAGGACUUGGCCCUAUCCUUAGAGACCCUAGUGUUGUGAGUAGCCAGAUUGCUUCGCGAGGCCACUGCCUGCAGGAUGGAGCACUACCGGAAAGCUGGCUCUGUAGAGCUUCCAGCACCUUCCCCAAUGCCCCAGCUACCCCCUGGCACCCUGGAGAUGAGGGUCCGAGAUGGCAGCAAAAUUCGAAAUCUGCUGGGGCUGGCCCUGGGUCGGUUGGAGGGUGGCAGUACAAGGCAUGUGGUGUUCUCAGGUUCUGGCCGGGCUGCCGGGAAGGCUGUCAGCUGUGCCGAGAUUGUCAAGCGGCGGGUCCCAGGCCUGCACCAGCUCACCAAACUGCGUUUCCUACAGACGGAGGACAGCUGGGUCCCAACUUCACCUGAUACGGGCCUGGACCCCCUCACAGUGCGCCGCCAUGUGCCUGCAGUGUGGGUACUGCUUAGCCGGGACCCCUUGGACCCCAGUGAAUGUGGCUACCAGCCCCCAGGAGCACCCCCCGGUCUGGGCUCUAUACCCAGCUCCAGCUUUGGUACCCGGCCCCGAAGGAGGGCUCGAGACACUCGGUCCUGAAGAUCUGCGGAGACAGGUUGUUCUCUAGACCUGAAUAUCUGUGAUGGACAUGCCUUACCUGAGAACCACUUGUGACUCAAUAUCCCCAGCAAGGCUAGGUCCACAGAAUUUCUGCUCUUUUUCUCUGGAAUGUAGAAAGGGUCUGCUAUGAAGAAUAACAGGUGUGGAGUCCCUUCUGAAUUCUGGAUUGUUUGAGAAGGGCUUACUAUCCUAACUAACUACAGUACAUCUGAUCUUCCUUUUGAUAAAAGUCCAGAGAAGGAAAUAAAGGUUCAGCCCAUUUGA